AUGGCAUCUUCAGGUCUUGCAAUUAUCAUCGGAGCUGGUCCGACAAGCGGCCGUGGCAUUGCUCGGGUUCUCGCUGAUAAAGACGGCGGCAACCUCGCCGUCGCCCUCUUGGCCCGCAACGCCGACAACCUCAACAAUCUACGCGACUCACUCCGCAAAGAAACCAACGGCGUUCUCCACUCUUUCCCUACAGACACUCAGCCGGAGAACCUACGUAAAGCGUUCAGAGACAUCGCUAAUCAUCCCGACUUCAAGGAUCUCAAGCUCAAGCUGGCAAUCUAUCACGUCAAGCACGCCAGCAAGAAGCCGUUCCUCGAAGAAACGCCCGAGGAGUUCAAUGAAAGCAUGCAGGUGUAUAUAACCGGUGCAGUAGUCUUUGCCCAAGAAGCUCUCAAGCUCAUGUACGAGCAAAACGGCGGCCAGACCCUUCUUGCCGAUACAAACGGUGCCAAGAAGGGCACUAUUAUCUUCACUGGCACCCUGGGUGCUAUGCGUACAAAUACUGGCUACGCCGCGUACGGAGCGACUCGCGCCUCUGCUCGAAUGGUUGCGCAGGCUGUUGCGAAGGAGCAUAGCAAGUUUGGCGUCCAGUGCGUGCAUGCCAUCGCGAAUGGAAGGAUCACGGAUGAGGAUACUGAAGAAACGAGGACGGGAAAGCACAUGAGGGCUGAGGAUGUUGGACAGACGUAUCUGUGGCUUUCGCAGCAGCCUAGUUCGCUCUGGGUCCAUGAGUUGGACUUGAGGCCGGCGCAGGAGUCGUUCUAA